GACUUCUCAGAGCGUCUUCCGGCGGGAGCUGUACGGCUCCUUACCAUGGGGACGAUUCAUCUCUUUCGGAAGCCACAGAGAUCCUUUUUUGGAAAGUUACUACAGGAGUUUAGACUUGUAGUAGCUGACCGGCGGUCCUGGAAGAUCCUUCUUUUCGGUGCAAUCAACGUUCUGUGCACUGGCUUCCUGCUCAUGUGGUGCAGCUCCACCAACAGCAUAGGUAUUCUCUGCAUGUAUUUCUGGCUCUACUUUCUAAUGCAGUUUGUUUUUUUUUUUAGUUUAAUAACAUGUUUAAUAAGCUACUGGGUAAUGAUGAGGAAACCUAGCCCUGCCUAUUCGUUUGGGUUUGAAAGACUAGAAGUCCUGGCUGUAUUUGCUUCUACUGUCCUGGCACAAUUGGGAGCCCUCUUUAUACUAAAAGAAAGUGCAGAACGCUUUUUGGAGCAGCCCGAGAUACACACGGGAAGAUUGUUAGUUGGUACUUUUGUGGCCCUUUCUUUCAACCUGUUCACGAUGCUUUCUAUUCGGAAUAAGCCUUUUGCUUACGUCUCUGAAGCUGCUAGUACGAGCUGGCUUCAGGAGCACGUGGCAGACCUUAGCCGCAGCUUGUGUGGCCUUAUCCCAGGACUCAGCAGUAUCUUCCUGCCCCGCAUGAAUCCGUUUGUUCUGAUUGAUCUUGCUGGGGCGUUUGCUCUGUGUAUAACAUACAUGCUGAUUGAGAUUAAUAACUACUUUGCCGUGGACACUGCGUCAGCCAUCGCCAUUGCCCUGAUGACGUUUGGCACCAUGUACCCCAUGAGUGUGUACAGUGGGAAAGUGCUCCUCCAGACAACACCACCUCAUGUUAUCGGUCAGUUGGACAAACUGAUUAGAGAGGUGUCUACCUUGGAUGGGGUGCUAGAAGUCCGAAAUGAACACUUUUGGACCCUUGGAUUUGGCUCAUUGGCUGGCUCAGUGCAUGUACGGAUCCGACGAGAUGCGAACGAACAAAUGGUCCUUGCUCAUGUGACCAACAGGCUGUGCACGCUGGUGUCCACGCUGACUGUUCAGAUCUUCAAGGACGACUGGAUUAGGCCUGCCUUAUCCUCUGGGCCUGUUGCGCCCAAUGUCCUAAACUUCUCAGACCAUCACGUAAUCCCAAUGCCUCUAUUAAAGAACGUGGAUGAGAGGACCCCCUUCACGUCAACCCCAGCCAAGCCCAGCAGCCCACCUCCGGAGUUUGCAUUUAAUACGCCUGGGAAAAACGUCAGCCCAGUUAUUCUUCUGAACACACAGACAAGGCCAUAUGGUUUGGGUCUUAAUCGCGGACACACACCAUACAGCAGCGUGUUCAGCCAAGGACUUGCAUUUCCAGGAGUUGGAGCAGGCCAGGGAUUGAGGCCCACCUUCCCACAUAUACCAAGUAGAUAUGGAAUCAACAGGAUGGGACAGCCAAGACCCUGACGGACUCUAACUUCUUGUGAUGGGGAAUAUCGACUUCUUGCCUUCCAAUGUAUUUAGUAAUCCAACUUGCAUUGACUGUUCAACCACUUACAUGUCAGAUUAUUCCAGGCUUGUUCAUAUUUCAUAAAACCUAUAAACUAUAUUUUUGUAAAA